UACACCAUUGAUAAAAAUAAAAACAGAAAUCUUUAACAUUAAAUACGAGCUAACUCCAUGAAAAAUUAUUUGCAUCCUAAAACAUUAUGUAUUUCUCACAUUCCUUUAGCGGUUUACUUUUCUCUUUGAUUGUGUGUUUGGUCAUUUCUGAGUGCUAUGCUGAUAUUAAUGCUAAUCCCAAUGCUAGCCAGAACAUAUCAAAGUUAGUGAUUGAUGCAGGUUCUGGAAGAAAUAUUCCAGAUACAUUGUUUGGAGUAUUUUAUGAGGAGAUUAAUCAUGCAGGAGCUGGGGGAUUAUGGGCAGAACUUGUGAAUAAUAGAGGCUUUGAAGGAGGAGUUGCUGCCAAUCUUCCCCCCAUUUAUCCAUGGAAAAUUAUUGGAGAGAAUCAAUCAUCCAUUACUGUAUCAACUGAUCUUUCCUCUUGUUUUGAGCGUAAUAAAAUUGCAUUACGCAUGGAUAUUCUAUGUCAAGGAACAUCUUGUCCAAGUGGUGGUGUUGGUAUUUCCAAUCCUGGUUAUUGGGGCAUGAAUGUUGAACAAGGGAAAAGCUACAAAGUAGUUUUCUAUGUUAGAGCACUUGGUCCAAUUGAUUUAGAAGUGUCAUUUGUCGGAACAGACGAUGGUGUAAAAUUGGGUUCAACGAACGUAAACGUCGAUGGACUUAAUGUUACAAAAUGGAGUAGGAUGGAGAGAAUUAUUAAAGCUACAGGCACAAAUCAUAAUUCUAGUCUACAAAUAACAACAACAAAUAAAGGGGUAUUAUGGUUAGAUCAAGUGUCAGCUAUGCCUUUGGAUACAUAUAAAGGUCAUGGUUUCCGAAGUGAUCUUUUUAAAAUGGUGGCAGAUUUGAAACCAAAAUUUUUAAGAUUCCCUGGUGGUUGUUAUGUCGAAGGAGAUUAUAUAAAAAAUGCUUUUAGGUGGAAAGAUUCAGUUGGGCCAUGGGAAGAGAGAGCUGGUCACUUAGACGACAUUUGGCAUUAUUGGAGUGACGAUGGACUUGGUUAUUUUGAGGGUCUUCAACUAGCAGAGGAUCUUGGUGCAUUACCUGUAUGGGUGUUCAAUAAUGGUUUUAGCCAUCACGAUGAAGUUAGUACUGAUUUAAUUCAACCAUUUGUGGAUGAAGCUCUAGAUGGCAUUGAGUUUGCUAGAGGUCCUGCCACAUCACGAUGGGGUUCUCUUAGAGCUUCCAUGGGACAUCCUGAACCAUUUAAUUUGAGAUUUGUUGCUAUUGGAAAUGAAGAUUGUGGUAAAAAGUAUUAUGAAGGGAAUUAUAUGAAAUUCUAUGAAGUUAUACGACGUACUUAUCCUGAUAUUCAGAUGAUAUCAAACUGUGACGGUUCUGAUGUACCACUAAACCAUCCUGCAGAUAUCUAUGAUUACCAUAUUUAUACAAAUUCUCAAGACAUGUUUUCCAAGCAUACCAAGUUCGAUAAGUCACCACGAUCCGGUCCAAAGGCAUUUGUUAGUGAGUAUGCUGUUUGGAAGGAAGAUGCAGGUGUUGGAAGUCUUUAUGCAGCUGUUGCUGAAGCUGCAUUCCUUAUUGGAAUUGAAAGGAAUAGUGAUGUAGUUAGUAUGGUUUCAUAUGCACCCCUCCUUUUAAACACAAACGAUAGAGGGUGGAUACCAGAUGCAAUUGUUUUUAACUCUUAUCAGAGUUAUGGAACUCCAAGUUAUUGGGUCCAACGACUCUUUACAGAAUCUAGUGGAGCAACCUUACUUAAUUCAACUCUCCAAACUUCUUCUCCUGCAAUUGUUGCAUCAACAAUUAAGUAUAAAAAUUCUCAAGAUGGGAAAAAUUAUCUAAGAGUAAAGGUGGUAAACUUUGGAAAAGACAUUGAGAACUUAGAAAUUUCAAUAAACGACAUCGAAAACUUAAUGGACGGCUUAAAUACAAAUUUGCAACCAUCUGCUUCAUCAAUGGUGGUGCUUACGUCCUCCAAUAUAAUGGAUGAGAAUUCCUUCUCAGAACCAAUGAAGAUUGUGCCUCGAAGAUCUGUAUUUGGGGAUGCAAGCAAUGGCAUGAAUGUUAAACUUUCUCCUUAUUCAGUUACAUCGUUAGAUCUAUUAUUUUAAAUGUUAUGGUGAAAUAUUGUUUUAUUUUUUGUUAGAAUAAGAGAAAUGUAUAUAUUUUUUAAAUAUGAAAUUUAGGUGAGGAGAUGAUGCCCCAAUUUAAGAA